AUGUCUCUGGACACCCUACCCUCAGAGGUCCUUAACCUCAUCAUCUAUCACCUGAGAAACAUCUCGCCACCUAAGUCAGAUAAACAACCACGCAACCAAGACCUCUCGCGCUAUGCAGCGAUUUCAAGAAACUGGAAGGCUGCUGUUGAGCAAUACACAUUUACCGCAGUGAAGACAAGCAGCAGUGACCUCGCGCAUUUCAAGAAAAUAAUAAAUCCUCGCAGGAGGAAGUUCGUGCAAACACUCUUUUACCAGAUAGAUCUCCCCGUCUACAGUGAGAGUCGAAGCCGCUGCUUUGAGCGACGACCGGAACACGAAGCAAACCUAGUUACUUUCAGAGCUGGCAUCAGAGAGCUCUGGAAAGAGCUAGCGCUCUGGAGUGAUGGCGACAACCCAUCAGCUGGGUUACGCCUGGUUCUUACCGCCGAUGCACCGGUCAAUUACCCGGGAGGACUUGGAGACGCCCGCUGGGCGUACCCGGAGCAUAGCCUCACGCUGAAUGACUCUGAUAAUGCAAGUGGGAAUACUGCGCUUCCAGAUAUCCCCCGGAUCGCUUCUUUUCACGUUGCAAAUACCGGUCGACGCAUCCAUCCAUCUGCCAUCGGUACCAUUCUAGCCAGUCUGCCAAACAUACGGGACUUGGAGCUCAAAAUCUACCCAAUCCAGCCCAAGCACCAGGCUCUCGUUACAGAACAUAUUACCGCCCUAGCGCAUGCCCUGGAGUCCCCAACAUUAGGCAGAUUAGAGAGGCUGCGCAUCUGGCUGGGCCAGCACGCCCCGCGCGACCACAACCAUCCAUCUGACACAGCUGUGUCUCGAGACCCAUCGUAUCCCGACGGCGAUGUUCUGAACAAAGUUGUGUCCAAGCUCGCGCAGCAGAGUCUAAGGGAACUCUACCUGGACGAGGCGUGGAUGAUCUCGCCUGCUCUCUUCAUGGCGACCGAUACAGAGAACAGCGACGACCUGACAUUCCCCUAUCUGAAAACCGUGGCCAUCAGCUUUCCACUCAUCACGUACGAUGGCCGGUGGCUGUAUACCGGUGACCCUGACGAUAUACCCCGGGCCCCGUUGGAAGGAACUCCCCCACGCCCACCCAAACCAGAACUAGAGCCAGAAGCAGAACCGGACUCGGAUUCCAACUCAGAGCCCGGAGAUGGUAUAGAUAUAGAUGACUAUAACGGGAGCAUCCUAAAUGGCGACGAACCGGGUCACCCAUGGAGAAUCAUCCCGGAUUCAGAGACGUUCGACCCUAUAGUUCGCUCGCUGGCUGCGGCAGUGCUGGAGAUGCCGAGCCUUGAGCACCUCAAGGUGGAAACGACGCCGACUGCUGCGGAUCUCGAGUAUUAUGAGAUUGCUUUUGAGUUCCUCCGUCCGGGACUCGUGGCGGAUACGGUCCCAAUUCAAGAUCAGACUAACGCGCACUGCGGGAAAUGGCGAUGGAUCGUGUCGCUUGGGAUCGAGGCGUCCUGGCUAUUACCGGAGGAUAUCAGGGAGCUGAUGGAGCGCCGGCCUGUAGCUGCUAAUUGCUCUUCCGCAAAGCGCCAGUCUCAACCGGCCACACCUAAGGUUUUGGUUGAGAAUGCUCAAAAUAAUUCAUCUCUCGAUGAUCCUUAUCUCAAUCUCCCAGUGAUUGGGACUGGCAUGACCGGGACUAUCUAUGAUCUUGGGAAUGGCCGUGUUGUCAAGAAAGCUAAACAGUCCCAUCUCCGAGAUCCCGGCGAUGCAGAGUACAUGAACGAGAUCAAUCGCAAAACUCUCGAGAACGAGGCUCAGAUCUUCCAACGCCUUGACGGUGGUCAAGGCACUAUUCCUUGCUUCCAGGUAUCACCGCACGGGAUCGAGCUGGCCCGUGCCGAAGAUGAUCUCGAGUCGUACCUCGAAACUCAUCCGGAGCGUGAGGAUAGCUUCAAAAUCAGAUGGAUGCUAAGUCUGAUUGAGGCACUCGCGUAUACUCACUCCUGCAAGGUGUUCGUGGACGACCUCGCGCUCCGCAAUAUCCUCGUCCUGGAGGGACAGCUCAAAGUUGCAGAUUUCGGGCAGUCUAUCCUUUUACCACUUGAUGCUGACAUUGCUUCUGCAUGCGAGGACGAUCCAAUGUUCGCAUUGAGAUCCUCCAUCUUGGCUGGCUGCUCUACUCGAUUACUUCGUGGCGGGUCCACAAAUACUAUUUCUUUGGUGCGGAGAACCCUGGCCUUGUCUGGCCCGCUUUGUUCCCAGACGUUAGUGAUGUUCUUUGGGGCGAGAUUAUUGCGAAAUGCUGGCGUGGCGAGUAUGCGAGCAUGGUUGAGCUAG